GCUCCUGCCCAGCGGCGGCGGGACUGGCCACACCCUGCGCGCCGCGCGGGCUCGGGUGGGGUCUCUGCUCCUGCGCCCUGCGCGCCGGAGCCGCGCCCCCGCCAGCGCCCCGAACGCUGUGGCGCCGCGCGCCCCGCCCAGCCAGGCAUCGCGCGGCUCCGGAUCGCGCCCCGCAGCCCCCUCGUCUGCCGCGACUUCCCCGGCCCGGCCGCCCGCGCCUCCGGGACCAUGCUGCGCUGGCUGCGGGGCUUUGUGCUGCCCACCGCGGCCUGCCAGGACGCGGAGCCGCCGACGCGCUAUGAGACCCUUUUCCAGGCGCUGGACCGCAACGGGGACGGAGUGGUGGACAUCGGCGAGCUGCAGGAAGGGCUUAAGAACCUGGGCAUCCCCCUGGGCCAGGACGCGGAGGAGGUGGGUCGCCGCCGGGGCGCAGGGAGGGCUGUGGGCGCUGCGGUCGCGGACCGAGGAGGGCGGCGGCCCGAGGCGUUGCCAAGAGGAAGGAGGAACUGUGGCGUCCGGCGCUCGGUGGCUUCAGAAACUCGGGCAUGGGGCCACGGACGGCGACCCCGAGAUUCCCUUGGUCCAUCACACUUCCACCCGCCCCCGCCCCGGGGUUGGGGCGCUGCGAGGGAGAUAUCCUUGAUGGACUCCCUCUACGGAGAUCUCUUUUGGUACCUGGACUAUAAUGAAGACGGAACCUUGGACAUUUCUGAGCUUCAGGAAGGCCUGGAGGACGUAUGGGUCAUUCAUUCUCUAGAAGAAGCGAAGUCGUCUUUGUUAAUUGAGAAAGGGAAAAGUGAAUGGUUCCUCCAGCGGUACAGUUUGGCAGAUAAAAAUGCAGGGGCAAAAGGACAUAUGUACAACAAUAAGGGCCUUGUAACAGAAAGGCAUCAGAGUGUUUUCUUCUCCAGCCGGAUGGACCCCCACGGGGUCCCACAGAGGCGAGGAAAGGCCUGCAAAAAGUCUCAGCACAGGCGGAUGGGCUGGUUAGCAGUGGAGUGGACGGGGGCCCAGGGGAUUCCUUGCAUCAGCAGGUGCCGGGAGAGGACUCGAGGGGACGCGGCUACACGUUCUGCUCGACCGCCCGUUUCGCCGCCUCCGCCCCGCCCUCCCCCGCGCCGCUGCCGGCGUCUUGUGUCCCGGGCCCGGGACUCCGUGCUGCGCAUGCGCUGCAUUGAUGCAGAUGGAACAAUGACAGUGGACUGGAAUGAAUGGAGAGACUACUUCUUAUUUAAUCCCUUUACAGACAUUGAGGAAAUUAUCCGUUUCUGGAAACAUUCCACAGGAAUUGACAUAGGGGAUAGCUUAACUAUUCCAGAUGAAUUCACAGAAAAUGAAAAAAAAUCCGGACAGUGGUGGCGGCAGCUUUUGGCAGGAGGCAUUGCUGGUGCUGUCUCUUGAACAAGCACUGCUCCUUUGGACCAUCUGAAAAUCAUAAUGCAGGUUCAUAGUUCAAAAUCAGACAAAAUGAACAUAUUUGGUGGCUUUUGACAGAUGGUAAAAGAAGGAGGUAUCUGCUCUCUUUGGAGAGGAAAUGGUACAAACGUCAUCAAAAUAGCUCCUGAGACAGCUGUUAAGUUCUGGGCAUAUGAACAUUACAAGAAGUUACUUACUGAAGAAGGACAAAAAGUUGGAACAUUUGAGAGAUUUAUUUCUGGUUCCAUGGCCGGAGCAACUGCACAGACUUUUAUAUAUCCAAUGGAGGUUAUGAAAACCAGGCUGGCUGUAGGCAAAACUGGGCAAUACUCUGGAAUAUAUGAUUGUGCCAAGAAGAUUUUGAAACAUGAAGGCUUGGGAGCUUUUUACAAAGGUUAUGUUCCCAAUUUAUUAGGUAUCAUACCUUAUGCAGGCAUAGAUCUUGCUGUGUAUGAGCUCUUGAAGUCCUAUUGGCUGGAUAAUUUUGCAAAAGACUCUGUAAACCCUGGAGUCAUGGUGUUGCUGGGAUGUGGUGCCUUAUCCAGCACCUGUGGUCAGCUGGCCAGCUACCCACUGGCUUUGGUGAGAACUCGCAUGCAGGCUCAAGCCAUGUUAGAAGGUUCCCCACAGCUGAACAUGGUGGGCCUCUUUCGACGAAUCAUUUCCAAAGAAGGAAUACCAGGACUUUACAGAGGCAUCACCCCAAACUUCAUGAAGGUGCUCCCUGCUGUAGGCAUCAGUUAUGUGGUUUACGAAAAUAUGAAGCAAACUUUAGGAGUAACCCAGAAAUGAUGCUGCAUUUUUUUUUUAGCUCUAGCAUGAUAAUUGAAACUUUCAACAAUCCCUAGAGUGACUUUUUCUCCUCGAAUCGAAACAAGUCUAUGGCCAAAGAAACUGUAUUUCUUUCGCAAAAGGGAAGAUGAUAACAAUGCAACUUUCGGCUCAAUUAUAUGUACAUAGAAAUGUUAAAAAUCAUAGUUUUAAUACGUUUUGAAAAGGCCACACAAUUAUACUUUGUCUGUUCUUAAUAGUCCUUCUGCAAAUCUCUGCCCUGAAUCCGAAAUCUGAAAAUGUACUUGCUUAAACAAAAUUUGUUUUGUGUGGUUAAGUUACAAAUCAUUAAUCUUUAUUUUGGGUGGUUCACGUUUAUGCCAGUUCCUUUAUAUUUAAAUGUCUUGUAUAUCUUUAUAGAUUUCUUUAAAUUUCCUUGUCGAACCAUUAAUAGAAAAUCAUUACAUUUAAAAUACACCUUCCAGCAAAAGCAUCCAAAUAACUGUAGGGUUUAUGUCCUUAUUUUUCUUUCAGCUGAAUAGGAAUGAACACUGGUAGAAUUUCUAAAGAGAAGUGAUGAAAUUAUCUCUUUACUUCAGUGGGCACUUUUCUAUUUUACAUGUACCAUUAUUUGGUUCCUGGAGUUACACACUAAUUUUCAAUAUAUUACUGUUAAGUUGUUAACACAAGACAACUUAAUUGAAAGAUUCCUUUCUGCCAUUGCUUUGAAAAGCAGCAGGAAACCAAAUCCUUUGACUGCUAACGGCUUCUGAAGAGCAUCUUUCUUCCUUUGUCUUUUGUUUCCUACUUUUUAAAUCAGAUUCCAUUUUAAUCAGGAAGACUUCUUGGGAUCAUUCUUAGUAACCUGAAAUUUCUUCUUAAAUUACAUGAAGUGGGUUGAUCAUGAGUGAAUGACGUGCUUAUUUCUCCCUCGUUGUUGAAUGUCUUUGAACCUGCUGUUCUCAAUUUGGAUAGCAUACAGGUGAGAGAUACGUACUAGUAGUAUGUAUUACUCAUAUACAUUAGAUACCUACAUUUAAAUGAAAGGCCCAAUUUGUAAACAUAUACAUUCAUAUUCUCUCCUGCUCCAAGUUUUAGGAACAUGUUAUGAUAUAGGAGACUGACUUUAUAAUAAUGAUAGCAUUUUAAAAUUUUUCUAAAGCCAUUUUUGUAGUCAACUAUCUUUUCUUAUUUGUGUGAUUAGAACUUAGAAAAAUAUUUACUAAUUGUCACUUUUUAAUUUAGUUCUUAAACUCAUUUGACUUCAAUAAUUUCUGUUAUAAAUUGCCAGCAUUUUAAUGAAAAUCUAAUGACAUAAUAGGCAUUUUUUGAACCUACCUCUUUUAUUUUCUGAACCAAAGAGAAAGAUGAACUAGUGUUUGUGAAGCAUUUUCAAAAAUGUAGUUUCUUUUAUAUUAGUUGUGUUUGAUAAAUGUCUCAGUAUUUUUAUAAUAUGAUAAGCCUGGGAUUCUAUCUUAAGGGUUGUUUGUACUUCUGAAUAAUAUAUAAAAUGACAAUAUUAAGGUACAUGAUCAGCUCUUUCUAUUUUUAUUCAUAAAAAUUAUGGAAACGAAUAAUUUUGCUAACAUUUUUGAAAUUCCAAACUUCUGGAAAAUAUGAAAGUAUUCAUUGUUCAUUAUGAAUUUAAAUUGUUCCCUAUUUAACAUUUGUAAGGCAUGAAUGUGAUUUGUCUGUACAUCUUGUAUCUUUUCCAAAAAAUGAUUCUGUAUCUUUUGGAAAAAAAGCUGAGAGUUGAAGAUAGUGUAUAUCUGGCAUUACUGAAUAUUUACUUUUAAUUUCUAUCAAAAAUAUAUAUUGGUUUUUAAA